AUGAAGGAACAUCAGGGACCACCAAGAGAGAGCAUAACCUGCACUGGCGAUGAUGUGAUCGGAUGCGCGUAUUUGGGUAUGCUGGCGCAUGAUAAGUCCGAAAUCGAACAAUGGAAAAACACCGUCGAACACAUGGGAAAAGAAUACAAGGGCACACACAACUUGAAACCGCCUCAUUCUGCGCCACCGGUGCAUGUGGCGGAAACGGGCGACCAUGGAGAGGAUGAUGACUAG